UCGAGCCGGCACCUUCGCUUUUCUGUCCCUUCAGCCUCGUUUGCUUGGAAAGAUGCAAUUUCAGACAGAAAAUGUUUGGUGCCCGGUGUUGUAAGGAAAACGCCUUUGUGCAAUCUACAAAUAACCCCCCCCCCCCCCGGCUGGGUUCCUUCCAGCCUUUGCACCUGAUGAAUAUUUGAUGCCUUGUAAAUACAGCGGGGUCUGCCUUUUAAUUGUCCAGCUCAAAACUUCCUUCGCCGGGUGCGAAUCUCUAUCCCUGGCGGUCGCUGGCCAAGUUGGGAGCGAGCAGGAUAAAGAGCCGAGCCGGCGUGUUACACCCCACAAUCGAGCUUGCUUUGCUCCCCGGCCCUACGUGACAGUUCCACGGACAGGCUCCGUCCAUGGUGGUGUUGCUGCAUACAACGGGCACCUAAAGCUAGUCCCGGAUUGAGCAGAGAAAGACACCCUAAUGACUAAAUCUCAGGCGCACUAUGGAUUUGACUAAAAUGGGUCUGAUACAGCUCCAGAACCCCAGCCACCCCACGGGGCUCCUGCAGAAAGCCAACCAAAUGCGCCUCGCAGGGACUCUGUGCGAUGUAGUCAUCAUGGUGGACAAUCAGGAGUUCCAUGCUCACAGGACAGUGUUGGCUUGCACUAGUAAAAUGUUUGAAAUCCUGUUCCACCGCAACAGUCAGCAUUAUACCCUGGACUUUCUUUCACCAAAGACUUUUCAGCAGAUACUGGAAUACGCUUACACGGCCACCCUCCAGGCUAAAGUUGAAGACUUGGAUGACCUUCUUUACGCAGCCGAGAUCCUAGAAAUAGAAUAUCUGGAAGAACAGUGUCUGAAGAUCCUGGAGACCAUUCAGGCUUCUGAUGAGAAUGAUACAGAAGUCAACAUGACGGAUGGUGGCACUGAAGAGGAGGAGGAUAGGAAAUCGAGGUACAUCAAAAACCUAUUCAUCUCCAAGCAUUCCAGUGAAGAGAGUAGUUAUGCCAACAUGGCCAGUCAGAGUUUAACGGGGGCAAUGGUGGAACAGAGCCCAUCUGUCUCGACUUCAUUUGGACUCUCCGCGAUGAGCCCCACGAAGGCCGCCGUGGAUAGUUUGAUGACCAUUGGGCAGUCGUUAUUGCAAGGGGCUCUACAGCAGAACGCCUCCGAGGACUUGCACUCCGCGAGCAGCCGCCACCCCAGUCUCUCUGAAGUAAAAACAGAAGUGAUGCAAGUGGAGGAGGCGUCUAGCCAUGAAAGCCCAAGGACGGCAGAGUCCAGCACGUCUGGAGGGGACAAGUCAGAUGACAAAAGCAAGGAAGGCCCUGGUACUCCCACGCGUAGCAGUGUUAUCACAAGUGCCCGUGAACUUCAUUAUGCCCGGGAUGAGAAUGCAGAGCAGCCCCUCGAGUUGGGCCAAGGAGUGUCAGUCGGACCAGAGCACUCGAUUUCUCAAAGUGAGAAACACCUGAGUAUAUAUUCAGUGCUACCAAAUCACAAAACGGACUCGAUGCUCAGCAUGCCAUCCUCCAUGACAUCGGCUCUUCACAUGCAACCAGCUCUUGCCGUGUCCAUGGACUUCAGUGCUUAUGGGGGGCUUCUGCCUCAAGGCUUUAUUCAAAGGGAGCUGUUCAGUAAGCUGGGUGAAUUGGCAGCUGGCAUGAAAACUGAAAACCGAGCCAUCGGUGAACAGUGCAGUGUUUGUGGGGCAGAACUGCCGGACAACGAGACGGUGGAACAACACAGGAAGCUGCACAGUGGUAUGAAGACUUAUGGAUGUGAGUUGUGUGGGAAACGAUUCUUGGAUAGCUUGCGGCUCCGAAUGCACUUACUGGCUCACUCAGCGGGUGCCAAAGCGUUUGUCUGUGAUCAGUGUGGUGCACAGUUCUCUAAAGAAGAUGCCCUGGAGGCGCAUAGACAGACACACACCGGUACUGACAUGGCCGUCUUCUGCCUGCUAUGCGGGAAGCGGUUCCAGACGCAGACUGCCCUGCAGCAACACAUGGAAGUGCAUGCGGGAGUGCGUAGCUACAUCUGCAGCGAGUGCAACCGCACCUUCCCCAGCCAUACCGCCCUCAAGCGGCACCUGCGCUCACAUACAGGUGACCACCCCUACGAGUGUGAAUUCUGUGGCAGCUGCUUCCGGGACGAGAGCACGUUGAAAGGCCACAAGCGUAUCCACACUGGAGAGAAACCGUACGAGUGCAACGGCUGCGGCAAGAAAUUCAGCCUCAAGCACCAGCUGGAGACCCACUACAGGGUGCACACAGGUGAAAAGCCUUUUGAAUGCAAGCUGUGUCACCAGAGGUCCCGAGAUUACUCUGCCAUGAUCAAACAUCUCAGGACCCACAACGGCGCUUCCCCCUACCAGUGCACUAUCUGCCUGGAGUACUGCCCCAGCCUGUCUGCCAUGCAGAAACACAUGAAGGGCCACAAGCCAGAGGAGAUCCCCACUGACUGGAGGAUAGAGAAGACCUAUCUCUACCUUUGCUAUGUUUAAGGGACAUGGAGGGGGAAGAUUGAAGUCAUGAAGGACUGGGCAAAAAAAUGCAUCAUCCAUGGCCUUUUAUUCUGUUGUUGUUUACUAAAAGGGUUCUCCGUUUUUGUUUCUGGCUCGUGAGGUGUUUGUGUGGGGGAGGGGGAAUAAUUCCCUUUUUAAUUUGGGGGUUCUCUGUGCAGUCGAUGAGAAAAUGCAUCAGAAUCGAGCCAUAGCCAAAUAUCUGCUCGUGUUUCGUGACGAUGCACGUCAAGGGCUUUGGAAAGAGCAGGUGAAAUGUCACUGUGAGGGAGAGGAAGGGGCAGUCCCGGCACAAGCUUUGGGGUCUGAGAUUUUGGGGUUUGAAUUUUUUGUCCUGUUUUUGCCACAUUUGUUUAAUUUACUCAGGCCUCAUGUACAUUUAAAAACGAGGGCAGCCUAGCUACAUUGCUUAGGGCUGUGAAAAAUUUUGCACCCUGAAUGUUAUCGUUAGGGUGACCUAGCCCCUGGUGUGGAUGUGGCUAGGCUGACCGAAUU